AUGUCGAAGGAGAUCCGAUCAAUGAUCGAUCAGAGAAUCUUGGAAAAAGCAAGUUGGAACUCAGGGUUCAUAUCCCCGAUGUUCCUUAUUCCAAAAGCCGAUGGAAAAUUUCGUCAAAUUUUCAACCUCCGUUGUUUGAACGAGUACUUGGAUCCACCAAAAUUUCGACUGGUAAGUCACCGCAUGGUUCCUCCAUUUUUGCAAACAGGCGACUACCUAGUAAAGAUAGACUUGUCACAAGCUUACCUACACGUUCCUAUAAAGCAAUCUCACCGAAGAUUCCUCUGUCUAUCGUUCAAAGACCAACUAUACAACAUAACGUGCCUCCCCUUCGGCCUCUCCACAGCUCCUGUGGCCUUCUCAAGGAUAAGCAAUUGGUUGGCGAAUACUCUUCGACAGAGGGGGAUGAGAGUUUUGGUCUACCUGGACGAUUUUCUGUUAGCAAGCCAAAGUGCCCAGGAACUCAAGCUGCAGGUGUUGGAGAUAUUGGAUUUCCUCCGCUCUCUAGGUUGGAUAGUCAAUGCAAAAAAAUCCACAGUCACUCCCAAUCACAGAAUCGAAUUCUUGGGCAUCAUCUGGGACACCAGGCUCAACGAAAUGGUGCUUCCUACCGACAAGAAAGCAAAGAUCUUAACGCUCCUGGGGAAAAUGCUAAAGUCGGGAACCUGGAGUUGGAGGUCAGCGGCAUCUCUGCUAGGGAUGCUGAAUUUCGCGUCCACGGUCAACCCCCUGGGACGUCUUUUCUGUCGCCAAUUACAGCGAGGCAUGCACCGUCUCUCGAAAAGCUCUCCAAAGACACGUUUUCCCCUACUCAGCCUGAGUCGAGCCGAUUGCCCGUGGUGGAAAAGCAAUAUCCAUCGAACGAGCUCCAUCUUCCAGCCGGAACCCGAGAUUUUUCUAUCACCAGAUGCCUCACAGACAGGUUGGGGCUUCGAUUUGGAUAAGACGCACUGGGCAGGCUUAUGGACACCGGAGGAGAUGACCUGGCACAUCAAUCGGAAGGAGCUGUUCACAGUAUUGAAAGCAAUACAAAUGUUCGAGGAUUCACUCCGGGACAGAUCCAUCAUGCUGCAGUCGGACAACAAGACUGUUGUGGCCUACAUAAGGAAUCAGGGAGGAACACGUUCGCUGGUCCUGUUGAACCUGGUCAAGGAGCUCCUAUUAUUUCUGGAUCAACACAACAUCCGGCUGGUACCCUUCUUCCUACCGGGCAGAUACAAUACAAUAGCAGACCGCCUCUCGAGGAGUCUGACACUCCCAGACUGGCACCUGAGCGACGAAAUUCUCGAGGGAAUCUUUCAGAAGUGGGGCAAACCAGAGGUGGACCUCUUCGCAUCAGCUCAAUCCAAGAUAGUCCCGAGGUACGUCUCAAUAGAUGCGAUGGAUCGGGAGGCUCUCUUCACGAAUGCCUUCUCCAGACCAUGGAACGUGAGCUUGGCCUGGGUAUUUCCACCACCACCUCUAAUACCCAAGGUUCUACACCAUCUGAACACAGCAACAGGUAUCUUUCUACUCGUAGUUCCGAGGUGGGAAGCGACUUUCUGGAGAGGGGACCUGAAGAGCAGAGCUCUGGAUGCUCCCCUCAAACUAAUGAACCUGGAAAACCACCUGGUGGACUUAUCAACAGGUGUUCCACCGCAGGAAUUAAAAGAACUCUUUUUAGAGGUUUGGAAGAGUAAGGAUAUUCCGUCUCAUAAUCCAACGGCCCAGCACUUGGUUCAGUAUCUUAGUAACCUCUUUUACGAGAAGCAAUUGGCAUUUAGAUCAAUCCUCACUCAAAAAUCAGUUAUUUGUUCUCUCAGUGGGGUAGAGAAAAACACCAGCUUGAGUGCGAACCCAUUAAUUAAAUCCUUAUUAAAAGCAAUGGGUAUGCAAAGAGCCAGGCAAGAAAAACCUCAGAAGAAAAUAACAUGGGAUGUGGAUAUUCUGACGAGUUGGAUGUCGGCUCAUCCCCCCAGCGAGGACAGCAUGUUCCAAGUUUCUCGCUUCGUGGCGACCCAGCUACUGCUGGCGUCAGGAAGGAGAGUCCACAACCUUACUCUUCUUUCUAUUGACCCAAGUUUCUGCGAUAUACGGGAAAACACAAUUGUGUUUUCGCCAGAAUUUGGUUCAAAAACGGAUAGUGUGAGUUCUCGCCAGCCGGGUUGGCAAAUCUCCAGUUCUCAAGACCGAGAAUGGAACCCAGUGCAUUGGACAAAAGAGUUGAUUCGACUAUCGGCCGAAAGGCGAAAAGCUCGAAAGUCUCUAACAGCACUGUUCAUCACAACAAGGGGAGAGGUCAAGGCAGCCUCCAGAGCGGUAAUCGCGGGAUGGAUCAAGACAGCCUUCAAAGAGGCGGAAAUCCAAGCUAGCGCAGGGUCUGCUAGAGCAGCAGUGGCUUCGCGAAAUUUUCAGGAUAAUAUGGGUCUGGACGAACUUUUAGCAAGGGGCAAUUGGCGAGGGGAAGGAAAUUUCCUUCGACACUAUUGCAAAAGGAUUGAUAGAACUAAGAGACCUGACAGAAGUAUUUCUUUAGUUAAAAGUUUCAAACCAGUCUUGCCGAGGCUUGACCCGAGUGAGGGCUUGCCGUCAUUCGGAGUCUUUACUGAAGAGCCCCGCGACAAUCGCGAAGCUCCUCGCACGGCACGUAGGAGUCCCCUUUAUACCCUAAAGAUGGCAUUGACAGUGAGAUUUAGGUAA